AUGGACACUAAAGUCGACCCCUGUGACGACUUCUACAAGUUCACGUGCGGCUCCUGGAAGCCGAAACAUAACGAGCCAUCCAUGGUCGCGCGAGUCUUCGAUGAAUCGACCGAAGAGGCCAUUGAGGAAAUGCAGGGCUCGAGCGAAAAGGCCAUUGUGCCAAAAGCGGUAGACUAUUUCAAGAGCUGCAUCCAGCAACGUGUUUUGACGCCGGCUGAUGUGCAAGUCUUCUUCAACUUCAAGGAGGACAUCGGUUUCUUGUGGCCGGAGAAGAAUCAAACGGCCAUCGACGCGCUGGUCCCGUUGCUGAACCUUACUAUCAACUGGAACAUCAACUUGCUCUUCCACCUGCGGGCCUUGCCCGCAUAUAAGCGGAGGCCGCAGACACUAUACAUUAGGCGCGGCAUAUUGAACACCAAGUGGCUGGAUUCCGAGUGGACGCCCGGAACAUUUCCAGAAGCCGUCAGACAUCACUGCAGCAUACUUGGGGUCGAGCCGCCACUUGCAUCAAGCAUCCAGGAACUGAAGAUCACCGUGGAGGAAAUCAUCGACGCUGCGAUCAAAGUACCGCCGGACGCCACGAGCGACACGCAGUUCACGCUCAAGGAUAUCGGGUUGCUGAUGCCCGCACGGACGGACGAGUGGCUCAGCAACGUGAACAAAUUGCACAGUCCCCAGUUCACGUGGUCGCCGGACAGCCCCGUCGCUCUCGAAGACGACUCAAUAUUGCAGAACAUGCACGCCCUGCUACAGAAGUACAAGGAAAAGAAGCAGACGCUCAUGGAAGGCUUUUCGUUCGUGCUCCUUCGAACAACCCUGUGGCUUUUCGCAGGAAAGCCCCAGUUGCGCUUUGGACCCGACCCUGAAGUGGGCCGCCACAUAUGGAAGCGAACCUGCCUCAGCUACACCACUGGCAACUUCGGCCUGCUCGUCGCAGCAAAGCACAUUUACAAGCGCUACAGCAGCAGUGUACGCAACGAGCUCAAACGUUUCCACCAGAGCAUUCAGGCGGCGAUCAAGCAACAGCUGGAAGACGCCUACUGA